CGUCUACGAUUUUUUUUUUAUCGUGUUUUUGUUCUAGGCUCAGAAGAAAAAUUCAUUUAUUUAUUCGUAAUUCAUCGAGAUUUCAGCUUCUGCUCUCCGAUUGCUCAGAGCUGUGAAGAAGGUUAUUUAUAUCUUCAUAACUCUUAGCUUCCGAAAGUUUGAAUUCAAGAUAGCCUUCUUAGUUGGUCGGUGAAAAGGAAGUAGGCGACGAUUGUGGUGAAGUAGGUUUUGCAAUUGCUUGGGUUUGGUGUCACUUUGCCUUUGUUGUUGGUCGAGAAGAUUUUGUCCGUUCUUCCUCAGAUUAUUGGUGUUUGGUUCUGAGGGUAAGGGUUUGAUCUUGUCACUCAGUGACUCCUCGACCCGUGUCUGGUUUCUUGGGGGGGCAUGAACAAUGCUGCAUACAACGCGUUAGCCCGUGGAGCUGGUGGUGCCGGAUCGAGUUCUUCAGUGACAGAUGCUGGAUUGAUGCUUCCGGGUACGCCUAAUAUUCCAAGAAGCACUAGUGUCAGUAAUAUGCGGAUCCCAACGUCACCAAUGUCUUUCUCAUCAAACAAUAUGAACAUGCCGAGUUCAUCCAUUCUUGAUGGUUCUGCUGCAAUGCAACCGAAUCCUCAACCCCAGCAGCAGCAGCAGCAGCAGCUGGAAGGAGCUUCGAAAGUUACUUCGUUGCCUAUUCACCCAUCGGGACAAGCUUCAGUUCCAAUGGCUCCAAGUAACAUUGGCCAUGUGGAUAAGAAACCAAGGAUAGAAGUGAAGCAAGAAGACUUGCUGCAGCAGCAGGUCUUACAGCAGUUGCUCCAACGGCAGGAUCCCAUGGGCCGGAAUCCUCAGUUACAAGCUUUGCUACAGCAGCAGAGGCUUAGGCAACAGCAACAACAGCUUCUUCAGUCCAUGUCACCGUCACAGAGACUCCAGCUUCAGCAGCAGCAGCAGCAGCAGUUGAGGCAGCAACUACAGCAGCAAGGAAUGCAACAGAUCCCUCCUAAUGUCCGCCCUUUUGAAGGCGGUGUAUGUGCGCGGAGAUUGAUGAUGUACUUAUAUCAUCAACAACAACGGCCUGAAAAUUGCAUUUCCUAUUGGAGGAAAUUUGUUGCAGAAUACUACUCACCUCGUGCAAAACAAAGGUUAUGUUUGUCACAGUAUGAUAGUGCUGGCCACCAUGCACUUGGCAUGUUCUCUCAGCCAGCUCCAGAUAUUUGGCAUUGUGAUCUUUGUGGCACGAAGUCUGGAAGAGGAUUUGAAGCGAGCUUUGAUGUGCUUGCUAGACUUAAUGAAAUAAAAUUCGGCAGCGGCAUCAUUGAUGAGCUCUUAUAUCUUGACUACCCACGUGAAAGCAGAUUUCCUUCUGGACUGAUGAUGUUAGAAUAUAGAAAAGCGGUCCAAGAAUCUGUACAUGAGCAGUUUCGUGUUGUCCGUGAGGGUCACCUUAGGAUAAUAUUCACCCAGGAUUUAAAGAUACUGUCUUGGGAGUUUUGUGCUCGACGUCAUGAAGAACUUUUUCUUCGCAGGCUUGUUGCUCCACAGGUGAAUCAGUUGGUUCAGGUUGCACAGAAAUGCCAGAGCACGAUCUCAGAAAGCGGGUCAGAGAGUGUUUCUCAGCUGGAUUUACAGUCAAACAGUAACAUGGUUCUGGCAGCGGGACGACAACUGGUAAAAUUCCUUGAAUUACAGUCGUUGAAUGAUCUCGGUUAUCCAAAAAGAUACAUCCGAACAUUACAGAUAGCGGAAGUUGUCAAGAGCAUGAAAGAUCUGAUGAAUUUCUCCGGGGAGCAUGAAAUCGGCCCAAUAGAGGGGUUAAAAAGGUUGUCUGAACAGACGGUAGCAGCGAAGCUUCAGAGGCAGAAAAUGCAGGAGAUGGAGCAUUUGGUGAACAGUGCUCCCAAUAGUCAAAUGGCUUUGCCUCAGGGGAUGAUGAUGAUGACCAGCCCGACUAACAGCAGCAACAGCAACAGCAAUAAUCAUAACCAAAUGGUUGGUGGUCGUGGAGCUCUAAGUGGCUCAGCUCAAGCCGCGAUGGCUCUGACCAACUACCAGAGCAUGCUUAUGAGGCAAAACGGGAUGAACGGCAAUGCUGUACAACCUCCUCCUUUCCUGAACCAAAGCCCGACAAACUCAAACCCGAGCCCAUCUUCUUCUGCCCUUCAGAGGCAGAACCAAAACCUACCCAUGGCUGGAUUCUCGUCUCCUCAACAACAUCGCACGAUUAACACUUCAGCCACUGCCAACAUGGUUCAGCAGAAUCAUCAUUUGCAGCAAGGUAACAACCAGUCUCUGCAGGAACAGCAGAUGAUGAGGCAGCUUUUGCAGGAGAUGUCAUCUAACAAUGGAGGAGGAGGAGGAGGGCAACGCUCGUUUUCGGGUCAGAACGGUAAUGCUACGCCUUCGAGUUCCAACGUAUCGGGAGGAGGAGGGGGAGUGUCGAGCCGAAGCAACAGCUUCAAAGGAGCCUCGAACAACAACAACAACUCUCAGAGAACGCUGGAUUUGCCUCAGAACCUUCAUUUGCCAGAGGAUGAUAUAACUGUACCUGAACUUCCCCAUGAUUUCACAGACGACGAGUUCUUCAACAACAAUGAUCUGUUUGGCUUAUGAUAUAUAUAUAUUAUUAAAUCACUUUUGACUAACACAGUGCAGUAGGGCUUUGGUUUGUGGGACUUUAUGGUUGUAAUAUCUCGUAUAGAUGACAGAAAAAAAAACACGGAGACGGGGGAUUUGUGUGACUACGACAUUUCUUGUAACGUCUAUAGCUUUUCUCGUCUUCCUUUUUUAACUACUAUCGUUUUUCUUA